GACUUAAAAGAUAUGUUAAAAAGGCGGGAAGCCGUGAUCAUGUCGUGUCAUGCAAACAUGCGAUUGAUAUUGUGUUGCACUAUAAAACAGGAAAAAGGAUACUGAGGUCAAAGUAUGAAAGACAUCAAGCAAUAUUUUGACAAUGGCAAGAAUAUCGUUGAUAAGGAGACCGAUACUGAUCUAGACAAUGUGAAAGAGGAGGAUCAAGAAGAAAUUAUUGCAACAGGUAAACGUAAGCGUGUGAGGAUCCGGAUAUCAAGUGUUGGUUCUUCAAGCAGAAUGUGUGACAUAAUUGAGACUAAGAGCAAUUUAAUCGACAAAACACCUAGUCCAUUCAACGGCGAGAUAAACAACGGUCAAAAGACUUUGCAAAGUGGAACGUCAAAAUCAGAUGUAAAGCGUCAUCUUAAGAAGCAUUCAAAAUCCACUGUGGAAAUAAAUCAAAAUCAGUCUGAAGAAACAAGGAAUAUCUCGCAAGAACAAAAAUUAAAUGAACAGAUUAUUGUGAAUUUGGCUAGUUCUCUUAACAAUAGUAUUAAUUGUAAUGAUGAGACCGAUUUAAACGAAGAAUUUUAUGAUGGAAUUGGUUCUCAACGGAGAGAAUCAAAUGCUUUUCAGGUUCUGAUGAGUCGUAGUAAACCAAUACAGUAUAAAUCACCACCAGAAGAAUCUAUAGACGACAGUGAGAGUAAAGAAAAAUCAAAAGAAUUCAGAUCCAGAUGCAAAGAUAAGCUCAUAGCUUUAGCUGAUAAAAGAGGAUUUUCGAAAAAGAAAAUAGCUGAAAUUGAAGAGGGUGAAAAAAUAGAAAAGAAUAUUGAAAAUCGUAUAAGGUUUUUUAAAGGCGAGAGUAAAAGUAACAUACAUAAAAAGGAUAACAGUUUUGAAUUAUCAAUAAAGACUAAUAAACAAUCUGGAAACUUGCUAAAUUAUUUUAGCAAAUUACCCCUGGGAUUGACAAGUGAGGAUGCAAAAUGUGUAUCUACUUUUAUUGUAAAAGCAGAUGUACAUAGAACUGAUAACUCUGAUACUGAACCUGUGUGUGUGAGGGACCUUAAAUUAAAUAAAAAAGAUCCUAACAAGAAAUGUUCAAAGUCAGAAUUAGAUCUUUCUACAAUGAAUGAUAUUCACGUCAUAGAGUCUGAGAAUUUAUUUUCUCUACAAAAGGUCAAACAAGAUGAACAGAAAAGAGAAAAACCUCGUUGGUCCUUGCGCAUAAAGUUACAUUCUUCUAAAAAUAACGAUUCCUUAUAUGAUACCGAUGAUGAAUUGUUUUUACCAAGAAGCAAAUCAAAGUUGAGUAGGUCGAAUAAAUCUGAAAAGCCUGUGAAUGUAGAAAAUAAUGAAGUCUGUAUGAAGAAUCAUAAUCGACGUCUUAAAAUAAAAGAGGAAAACAAGGAAAAAAAAGAAUUAAUUAUAAAAGAUAGCAACAUUCCAAACAUUAUCAAAGAUGCUUCUAAUGAAGAUACUGAUUUUAAAAAAUCAAACAGAGCUAAUAAAAAAGAACAGGAAAUUAAUAACAUGAGUGAAAUAUUUAUAGUAACUGAUGAUUCCGAAUGCAAGAUUACCAACGAAAUUAGCAAUGAGAAUAUUCUGAAGAGAAAACCGAAUGAAAAGCUGGCACCUUUAUUCAUUAAACGACGUAAAAUAGAUUCAGCUGUCACAGCAGCAAGACGUUUAUUCCUACAAUCGGAUAUAAUUGAUGUAGAAAACAAAAAUAUAGACCAUAAAGUAAAUAAUGGCAUAUCUGUAUUACCAUUUCCUACUAUCAGUCAUGUUACACAAUUAGAAGAUAAGUUGGACUCAAUCAAAUCUGAAAUAGAACAUAAAUUUUUGAUGAAAAUUGAGAAAAAAUAUUUGUCUUCGAUAGAUAUUAGUAAUUAUAAAUAUAUUACUAAUUGUAGGAAAACAUCAAGAACAAUUAAAACAAUUAAAGAACCCGCGAAAGAAAAUGUGGAGCAAGUGCUAUCAGAAAUCGAGAAGCUUUAUCCAGAUGUUCGGAGAAUGUGGGAGACUAUAUCAACAAUCAAGGGAGAUUUAAAAAAAAACUUGCCAUCUUCAAAAGGUAGAAAAACACGAGCGCAAGAACAAAAGAGAAUGUUAACAGAGAGUGUUGAGACCGAGGAAAAGCAAUCGCACAAUUGCGCAUGGACAUACAAAUAUAAACCGAUGAGCGCGCAAGAGAUAGUCGGAAAUGAAGAAAGUGCGAGUAAGUUAAAGAAUUGGUUGAAUGGUUGGAGAGCAUCUUUAACAAAGGAGAACGAUGGCAGUAGUGGUGAUGAGUUUUAUUCCUCAGAUUGUAGUUCCUCAUUCAACAAUGAAAAUAAUCAAAUUGCUGUUUUAUUAGGGCCGCACGGUAGUGGAAAAAGCGCAAGCGUGUAUGCGAUAGCAGAGGAACUUGGCUAUAGCGUAAUCGAAGUGAAUGCAUCUUCCAAGCGGACUGGAAAGAAAAUCUUAAAAGAAUUAGAGGAAGCUACAAAAUCACAUAGAAUUAAAAAAAAUAAACAUAAAUCUCCAUUCGAACAAAUCACGAAUGAAGACAAAACCUCGAAAAUAUUGCAAAAUUCACUAAUUCUUCUAGAAGAUAUUGAUCUUGUUUUUGAAGAGGAUGAAGGAUUCAUUUCUGCUGUCUAUCAAUUAGCAUCGAACACUAAACGACCAAUUGUUAUGACAUGUAGAAAUACGUGUCCUCAUUUAAAUAAAAUGGCACCACAACAAAACAAAGUUUACUUUCAUAAAGUAAGUGGUAACAGAGUGUUUAUCUUGCUGGAAUUAAUUGUGUUGGCAGAAACAAAUUACAGGAUUCCGCGUAAUUGCUUAAUGAAAUUACUGCAAGAAGGCGACUUAAGACAGGCAUUGCUCCAGUUGCAAUAUUUAGUAUUGUCAGGUCUACCGGUGUUAUCAAAACAAUCUAUGACCAUGAAGUCGUUGCUUUGGCAGGACAUGCAACGCUAUUUGUACAAACCUGCGAUUAAGCUAAACAAGAAGCACAAGACAAAGAGGGAGAAAAUUACAAAUACAAAAAAUUCAAAGGAUACAUAUAUAUUGAACAAUUUAGCAGACGAUUUGGACGGUUUAUCUUUAAUGUCAUCUUUAAUUGAUGUUGAAGAUACGACAUUAGAUAUGUCAGAGGAGAAGAUGCAACCUAAUUUAUCCUUAGCUGAAAACAUGUCUUUUUAUUCCGCUUUGCAUGAUUUGAACGCGGAUAUAGCGGAUUUUAUAAACAAUCAAAUACUGUAUAAAGAUUUUGAUGCAAACGAUUGUGUGCAAAAUCAAAGUAAUAUUAUUCUGAAAAAACAGUUAAAACAAGGAGUGGAUCUAGCGCUAUCGCAUGUCACAUCUACCUGUUUAGAUCGACGAAUCAUGGUGUUAGAUUAUCUUCCAACCGCGCGAACAAUAUGCCGAGCAGAGGAAUCUCGCUCGACUACAAAUUACAAAAGAGGCAAUCGAUUUUUCCAUUAUCUGCACAGUCUAAAAGUGCCAAGUGCGUCGAUGAAACCUAAUAUUUUAGCUACUGCAUGUAGAAUGUUACAAAAGGGGGAAAAGAAAAUUGCAUCCAUGAAUAUAGAAAACGUUACUGUUGACUGAUACUCGAGA